AUGAAGAACGCGAGGACCGCCGCACUUCUUGGCCUCGUUCUCCUGAGGGGCGAAGAGGUCAUCUCCAUGACCGUCGAAGGCCCUCCUCCGCCUGAUGAGAAUCGCGCUAAAGCCGUUGGAGCUGCAGCGUUGGCCGGCCCUGGUCUCGGCCGUGCUGCUGGCCGUGGAAUCCCUACUGCUCCUUUGAUUCAAGCUCAACCGGGUUUAGCUGGACCGGUUCGGGGGAUUGGUGGCCCGGCUCCCGGUAUGAUGCAGCCGCAGAUUUCUCGACCGCCGGUUCCGAAUAUGUCUGCUCCGCCUAUGAAUUACCCGCAGGCUCCGGUGAUUCGACCCGGACAAAUGCCAUACCCUGGCCAGGGUCCUCCUCCUCAAAUGCCACGUGGACCGCCUCCGCAGAUGCCGCCUCAGUUUGCUCAACGGCCGCCUGGCCAGUAUCCAGUGCCUCCGCCAGGGCAGUAUGGACAAAGGCCUAUGGCUCCACCGCCUCAGAUGAUGAGAGGUCCGCCACCACCAGGAGGAGCGCCACGACCCGCAACCAGCAACAACAACAGCAGUAGCAGCUGUGAUCGGGUGAUUUUCCAUUUUGGUUUUGGUAGCCAGGCAUGUGAUUCACAUGUGAAGAUGUUGGGAAGAGGUUUCAUGCUUAUAAACUGUAGCAACUGUGAUGGUGAUGGAGAUAGCCUUGAAUUUGGUGAGGUGAACAUCAUUGCAAGAUCAUGUCCUUCAACUCAGAUUUAGCAGUGAAAGUGGUUAUGAAUUUUGAACUUGAAGCUUCAUGCUCUUCUACUACUUCUACUGUGUUUUUGACAAUUGGAUUGGUAGGUUCUGAAAAUUCUCUGAAACAAAAUUAUCAGCAGCAACUUGUACUGUGUUAGGAUCAGAAAGAAAUCAACCAUGAAGAAGGUAGAGUAGAGAGGUAUCAUUAUCAUAUACUUAUAUGAUUUCUCAAACUCAUAGCUCAAUCAAUAUUCACAAUUGAAACUAUUAUACUUGUCAGCAACAAACCAUCCAUCAGCAUCACCAAAAGUGAAAUGAAAAGAAACAUCACACUCACACUCACACUCACACUCACACUCUUGGAAAUGAAAUGCAUAAAAACUAUCAAGUUUGGGUAUUAUUGGCCCCAAAUCGCUCAGCU